AUGUCUGUUGGGAAUACUCUGUUACGUAAUAUGGUGCUUAAGCGCCCGAAAAACUCUACCACAUUUAGAUGGGUCGUUCAAGUGAGGAGCAACAGCCGCGAAACGACAACCCGAGCCACAGAUCGGCAAGUGCGUGAUGUCGCGGCGAAAGCAACAAAGCAGCACGACAUGAGGGUUAUAAGCGUAAAGCAGCAGGUGUGCGAUGCAAAAUGGCCUGGGAAGAUUUCGCGCCCGCAUGCGAUACUCGACUUUGUCGCGCCAAAUCGGCGGCGGACGAACGCAUACAUGCGUGCGGAGAUACCGGGAAUGCCCUUCUUUGUUUCCGAAAAUAAACAGCUUCGUCUUUACCUGGUUCAAACCCGAAUUUCUCACCAAAUAUCGUUCAAUGAAAUCAUUACUGAGGUUAUUUUAUAUCGUUUCCUUAUCGCUGGUCAGGAUUACCCAAUAAACUUGCGAACGUCGAUGCUUUCAGUGGCGACUCCUAGCCCGGGCAGCUGCGCAUCCACCAGCGCUUUCUAUUUCGGGGCCUCAACAUCAAGCAGCUGCCUCACAUGUACAGAAGUAGAUGCUUUUGAUGCCGAUUUGCGUGAUGUCGACGCCUUCUGCGAAGAAACACCAGAGCUCUGCGGAAGCUGCACAAACGCUCUCCGUUUUGAAGGCCUCCCCUCCGAAAAACAAGUUGCUUCAUCACCAGAGCUGUGUCGUCUCAUCAGGAUUGACCUGGACAAACAGCGUGACGCUGCAAGGACGAAAAUGCCCGCACCCCUUCCGCUUGCGUCUGAUGCACCAAGAGGUUUCGGAGCCGACGCGAUAUCCACAAUUCGCCGUCUUCCCGCUCAACAUCGGGCCCUGAUGGUGGGCUGGAUGCGCCAGGUGUCCAGUGCUCUCCGACUUCAGCUGUCUACACUUUUCACCGCAACGUCAAUAUUGGAUCGUUUCGUGGCGGUUUCGGAGGCUCUGCCACCUGACGGCCUCCUGCAACUGCUGGCAUUGACCUCCAUGUCCAUCGCGGUCAAAUACAACGAGGUUGGCCAGGUAGCCCCAACCGUGUGGUUGGGAUUGGCAGUCGACCCCAUGGGGCAGCGCCUCUACACGCCGCGAGACCUCCAGCGCUAUGAGUUUACGCUGUUGCAAGCCAUUGACUGGCGGCUCAACGAUCCAACCGUCUUCACCUUUCUGGAGCACUUCCUCGCUUGCCAGCAGCACCGUGGUCGGGAAGGGCACCCUGGAGCGUGGCAACCCCUUCCACAAGGCCACUCCCAGCCCCAGCCCCAGCCCGAACCGCAGCCACAAUACCCCCUCGAACAGCCGUCGGGCGCGUCGGAGCCGUACUCCUCCUCCGCCGCCUCCGCCGCCGCCACCGGUUCCGAACCUGAAGCAAUCGUAGCAGGUCCCGCAGCCUCCGGGCCCAUCGGCCGCCAUGCCGCCAUGCUUGCGGAACUGACGUUAGUGUACGACAACUUCCUGUCGUACGACAACAGCACGGUCGCGCUGGCAUGCGUCUUGACGGCAGAACGCCUAGCGUUGGGCGCUGGCAGCAGUGAUAGCGGGCAGCAGCAGCUGCCGUUGCCAUUGCCGAUGCCGCCGUUGUUAUCGCAAGCAGCAGCGGCUGUGGUAGCUGUUUCUAGCUUGAAGCUAGAGUGGUUAGCCCCCGGGCUGGGGCCCUGCGUGGAGGCUGUGGAAAAGUUUUGCGUCGCCUUGCAGCCCGCAGAGACUGCCGGUUUACGGCCCCCCCAGACCACUUAG